CCACCGGAAAUAGACAUAACCAAAGCGGAAGUAGUGAAAGCUCGCUCAUUUGUUUCCAGCUGAGCAGAAGAGAGCUUCAGGGUUAUAUUUCUGUAUCAAACUCACUCAUUGUCGUCGCAACGACGCCGAAACAUGGACAGAUAGUGUUUGUUUUAUUGGAUUUACGGAGGUGGUCCCUGUAAACGAUAAUCUAUCACAUCUAUCUUGGACUGUCACUCAGGACUCUGACACAUACCACACAACAGUUUUGCCUCCAGUGAAACUCCACAGAGUCCCUCCACUUUUCACUGUGGCCACCAGCAUGGCUAACAGCACAGCAACAGCAGUAAAGGUUGGAACCCCUGGCCCUGCUGGCAGAAGUAGUCCGGAGGGAUCUCAGGUGCUCAGUAAGAAGAAGCUGCAGGACCUGGUGAGAGAGAUCGAUCCGAAUGAGCAGCUGGACGAGGAUGUCGAGGAGAUGCUGCUGCAAAUUGCAGAUGACUUUAUAGAGAGUGUAGUGACAGCGGCCUGUCAACUGGCUCGCCAUCGCAAGUCCAACACCUUGGAGGUGAAGGACGUUCAAUUACAUCUUGAGCGCCAGUGGAACAUGUGGAUUCCUGGUUACGGCUCAGAUGAGAUCCGGCCGUUCAAGAAGGCGUGCACCACAGAGGCUCACAAACAGAGAAUGGCGCUGAUCCGCAAGACAACCAAAAAGUAGCAAGCCUGUACACCGAUACGUUGUACCCACUCUGUGUAUUGUCUUCUUUCUUUUUGUUAGUUUUUUUUUUCCUUUUCAGUCAGGAUUUUUUUUUUUGGACUUUUGAGGAAGAAAGAGAUGGUUUGGGUGUUUUUAUUUUCAUUAGACAUUAGAUAGUGUUUCAUUGUUAUGUCUCCCUAACUUUUGAGUGUUUUGCCAGCACCAUCACACAAUAAUGUAAUUCUUGUCUCUGAUUUGUUUUGUUGCCAUUAAGCUAAGCCUGGCAGAGCGCUAUUCAUUGCAUUUUUGUCAAUAAACAUUUACUGGAAUACUUUUUUUGGAUGAUGACCACUGCUGUAUCCGGUUGGCCUUUUGAUACUCUAGAGCAUUUGGAUGUGAAUGUUUAAAAAUGAUGUUUGGUGUGAUCUUGCCAAUAAUAGAUAAUCAUAACCGUUGAGUAUGUAAGAGAUUAUAGUCCCCUGUUUACCCACUCUACUCAUACAAUGCUGUUAGGUUUUUCUUAAUAAAUAGAGGGUCUAUAGUACCAUAUUCCUACUGCGAAUGGUGGCUACAAACAGUAAAUUCUUUGCCUCUGUUGUUAGACAUGUAUGUGCUGUUGUGUAUUGUUACUGAUUGUAGGUUUUAUUACAUUAACUUUUAUUUCAGCCAUCCAUGUACAUUUUAUUUUUACUUUAUUUCAGCAAAUUGCAUCAAAAUAAUGAUAGAACUGGUGCUCAGAUGUUGACUUUCACAAUGUCAGAUUGAAAAAUAAAUAAAUGACUGAUCUGUUAUCAAAAAA